AUGGACGACGACUUGGCUGGACCGCCGGAAAGCUUGACACUAGAAACUUUAUGUUCUGACCCUGCCAUACGGGAAGCUUUCACAGAUCAUGAGACAAGUCAAAUAUUCAGGGAAAUUGAAGAGGAUCCAACAAAAAUAAAACAAUAUCAAGAAAAUGUCAAGGUCCAGAGGUCUCUGAGGUUAAUACAUGAUACAUUGGAUCGAUACUUAACUACAAAGCCUAAACCACGACAGCCAUUACAACUGCCAGGCAUGAUGGAGAUGUUUACACAGUUCAAUCAAAUGAUGGAUUCACAGGGAAAUGUUGAUAGAGGUGACUUCCUUGAACAAUGUGGCAUCCUUGACCAGCUUUCUCAAUCAAUGGGAUCUGAAGGAAAAGCUGCUCUAAAGCAAAUGUUUCAGCAGGGAUACUCUGGUAAUUCUCCUCAAAGUCUACAAACACCAAGUGGAACUCCUUCUUGUCGUCAAUCACAACAGUUGUUACAACAGCCAGGCAUGAGGCAGAUGAUGGCAAAGAUGGCUCAAUCGAUGAGUUCACAGGGAAAUGCCAACGGAUCUGACAUCAUGGAACAGCUUUUUCAAUUUCAGGGAUCUCUUUCAAAAACCGAAAAUCAUUUUGGUCACCUUAUUCAGCAGGCCACCUCUGGUGUUUUUCCUCAAAGUCAACAAACACCAAGUCGACAUCCUCAUGCUUCUUCCAAUGAAUGUGCACCUUUCAAGAUUCACAAAUCAAAUAGACAUCACUUUUCAUCAAAAAAGAGUCGAACGUCAAACAAACAACCUUUAGCUUUGCCAAACAAAACUGAGGACUAUCAGUCUGAUCUGCCCCCUAGAAAGUGAAUACUAAAUAUCAAAAUGGCUGUAU